AAGUUCUUGGGGCAGUUAAAAGGUCAUAUAUUUGGGGUACUCAACCUGCACUUUAAACCGUAUUCCUGACAACUCCUUCAUCCAAUACAACCUGGAACUGUAGCAAAGCCGGCAGAACAGAUAUUAACAUCUGAAUCCAGGAUACAAGAUCCAUCCAUCAACUGUUCUCCAGUACUGAUUUGAGGAUCCACACUAACUGUUCUUAUUUCAGAAUGUGGUUCCAUGAAGGUUACAAACUAGCAAGAGCUCUUCAGGUUAUUUUUCUCUUAUGUUUAAUAACAUCUACAGCGGCUCAGGUUUCAAGGAUUGAAACAGGGAACACUCCCUUUAGAGUUAAUAUGACAGCAUUACCGUCAAUCCUCUGCCAGGAGUGUAGAACUAUACUGGAGGGUCCAAGCAAAGGAGAAUACAAACUACAGGCAAGUAGAUCUCCUUUGUGCAGAGAUGGUUGUGUUUACACAUUUAAUUCAAACCGCUACUGCUUCGUUGCUGGAGAAAGCAUAGAGGUCUCUGCUUGUUCAACUACAGCUGUUCCUCCCGCUGAGGCUGCCUGCCCAGCAUACAAAAAAGUUAGUGAUGGACCUUUGGUUGGAAGCUACAAGCUCAAGAUAGAGAAAGCGUAUUCUGUGUGCACUGAUGGUUGUCUUUACGAACUUAAUUCCAACCUUUACUGCUUUUCAACAGGAAACUUCACUGUUCAAAGCUGUGCUUCCACCUGCUAAGAACUUUUUUCCAGGAUUUCUUCCCCAUCAAUGGAAUUUAAAAAUUUCUCGGAAAUCCCCUUUCCUUUUUCUGGCAAUAAAUUGAUUGAUAAAAAAAUGGAUACAUUUUCAAACAUUUGAGGAAUCACUCUGUUUAACAAAAAUAUUAGUUUGAGAAAUAAAUUUCACAAAGGAUGAUUCAGAAAAUAGUGCAUUUUUAAAAUUUUGACUAUAAAUAAAAAUUCAUAUCUAA